AUGCACUACAACAUAUUGGUAGGACUGCUGGCCCGUGAAACAGUGAUCUGUGCGGGCGGGUACCUGCUGGAGCUGGGACUACUGGCCCGUCUACAGGCCGGAGAAACAGUGAUCUGUGCCGGCGGGUACCUGCUGGAGCUGGAGCGGCGCGGCUACCUACAGGCCGGGACCUUCGUACCCGAGGUCGUUGUGGAACAUCCCGAUAAAGUGGAGGCUCUGCAUAGGGAGUUCGUGCACGCCGGUAGCGACGUGGUGCUGGCUUUGACGCACUACGCGCACCGAGAGAAAAUGCGCAUUAUCGGCAGGGAGGCGGACCUGGAGCGGAUGAACCGCACGGCGCUGCGUCUGGCGAGGAAGGUGGCAGACGACACCGGCACGCUCAUGGCGGGAAACAUCUGCAAACUCAACCUGUUUGACCCAAACAACUCCGGCUGGAAGGAGAAGGCUGAAGUCAUGUUCAAGGAGCAGCUGGAGUGGGCAGUGGAGGGCGGGGCGGAUUUCGUGGUGGCCGAGUCCUUCUUCGCCUUCGCCGAGGCCAUGUUCGCUCUGCAGUGCGCCAAGAAGUACGCCAAAGGUCUACCCGUAGUCGUGACCCUGAACCUGCAGCGCCACUCCGAGCUGAUAGACGGCGUGCCUAUCCAGACGGCCCUGAAGGAGCUAGCGGAGGCCGGCGCGGACGUGGUCGGGCUGAACUGCGGCCGGGGCCCGCCCACCAUGCUGCCUGUGCUCGAGGAGGCCAAGAACAACAUCAAGAUCCCCCUAGCGGCUGUCCCGGUACCGUACCGCACCCAUGAAGGGGACCCGAACUUCCUCACGCUAAAGGACGAGAACGGUAAGGUCGCCUUCCCUCUGGACCUGGACCCGUGGCUGUGCAGCCGGUCUCAGAUCGCCGCCUUCAGCCGCCGGGCGCGCGCCCUCGGGGUGCGGUACCUCGGGCUGUGCUGCGGGAACGCCUCGCACUUCACCCGCGCCAUGGCCGAGGCGCUGGGCCGGCAGCCGCCCGCCUCCCGAUACACAGCCGACAUGAGCAAACACGCGUACUACGGCACCGACCCGACUCUCAUCGACUUCAACACACAGGAGGUCUGCAAAAACAAGUUCUGAACAAGUUAACAAUAAAACUGUACACAACAAACACGCGUACUACGGCACCGACCCGACUCUCAUCGACUUCAACACACAGGAGGUCUGCAAAAACAAGUUCUGAACAAGUCAACAAUAAACCUGUACACAACAAACAACAAACACGCGUACUACAGC